AACGUUUUGCAAAAGUUCUUGAAAGGAACCACAAAAAUGAGACGCUCCGUUUUCUGAGAGCUUAUGAGCGAAUUAACAUUAAACAACGUGCAACAGUCAGUGAGAGAAUUUUCGUAAAUGUUAAUAUCAACACAGAACAAAAUGGAAGCUUUGUGAAUCGGAAUGCUUUUCACGUUUCGUGUAAUAAUUUGAAGCGUGCAUUCGGCUUGUUUUUUUUACACGUUUGUGCUAUUUUGUACUUUUUCUAUAUUUUUUUGUUUGUUUUAUUAAUCGUAAUCAUGCUGGCAUUUUGUCCACCGGUUAAAAAAAUCAAAACCGAGUAUGGAGCGAAAUCCUCAUCUUCGCAAAGUUUCGAUGCAGAAUCCAAUUUUGUUUGUACGAAACGUAAAAUCGUUCGACGAAGAUUGAACACUCCAAUCCCGGUCGCCACCAGUACAACUAUUCUCGAUCUAAACGACGACUGUCUCUACAAAAUUUUCAAUUUGUCGCUUGUCUCGCUUUCCGACUUCUAUUCGUUAUCACAGACAUGCUCACGCUUGAAUGGAAUUGGAUGCGAUAUUUUUCUGCGAAAAGUCAAAAUCUGCAAUUUGAGACACAUUACGGAUCAGAAUGCUGAAAUCGUAAUCGGUGUAUUGAAGGCCUUUCGAUAUGUCAUAUCAGAGCUGCGGCUAGACAUGAAUGCGAUUUCGCACUCAAAUUCAUCGGCGAUAUUAGACACGAUAAUUCGAGACUGUACGGAAUUGAAAUCGUUGACCAUCGAAGGGUACAAAGUUCCGGACAAUCGAAAGGAUAUUGAUAAAUUGGGACUGUUGUUUAAGAAUUUGGAGAAACUGCACCUUGAGUACGUGUUCAUCGAGGACAUUGAUGACUCAAAUGCAGUGGAAACUGCAAGUGAACCGUUGAUCAACAAUAUUUUUACCGGCUGUCAAUCGUUGAUCAGUUUGAAAGUCGUUAAUUGCUACCAUUUCAAGCUAGCUAUAUUCGAAAGUAGCUUCCCCAAGCUUGAACAUUUUGACUACAAAUCUGGCGCUGUUGACGAUGACAACAACAUCAGAGAUUUCAUUUUGCGUCACCGCAACCUUAAAACAUUUCGAUUGGACACGGACUGUAAUGACUAUUUGGAAUUUCUUGCUGGAUGCAAGAAUUUGACAAACUUGAACAUCCGUUUGGACACGAAACUAUAUCUACAUCCAUUGCUACAUCGUCCGCAUUCAAAUGUGAGUGACUCUGUUAAAAGUCUCGCAAAUUUCCAGCAUUUAAAGGAACUGACGAUUGAAUGCAGUGGCUACGAUGCUGCUACGAAGCUCAUCCGAGUACUUCCACAAUUAUCCCAGUCAUUGGAGUGCUUUCAUGUAGAAUAUUUUAGUGGAAGCUCGGCGUUGAUCCCGGCUGUAGUGCAACUUAAAAAUUUACGGAUCUUCCGUUUGCACGGGCACAAUGGCACUAUAGACAUUAGUCGUAUGGGCGAAUUAUCAGAACUCGUCGAACUGUCCCUUAUCGAUGUGGAAGUAAAAAAGGUUGAUCUCAUCGAAAUGGCCAACAGUUUGGUUAACUUAAAAAAACUUAAGUUUUAUGUGAAUGACUUCCAAAUUACAAACGAAUUGUAUGCACAACUACUUGAUGUAUUGGGACAACGAAAGCCUAAAUCUCAGCAUUUGGAAAUGUAUUGCCGUACGGCUAUUGAUUUUGUGCGUGAAUUCUGUCAGACAAUGGUGGAAAUUAAAUUCUAAUGUGAUGCAAAGCUUAUCUUUAAACAUACAAAUCUCCCAAAGAGUAAUUCUAUUUGAAAAUCGAUUUCGUAAUUCGAUUUCGAAUUCAAUAUUGUUUAACAGAAAAAUCGCUUGUUAUGCGUUAAGUAGAGUUAAGGAAGAAAUUUAGUAUUAAAAUGUUAGUCCCUCAAAGUAAUUUAAGCAAAUAUUGGGUUUUGUUCAUUUUUUCACUAUUUUAAAGUAAAAUUACUCAAUUUUUGUGACGGACAAUAAAGUUCAAAUUACAAUUAUA